AUGGCCGCGCGCCUCCCUUGCCCCCCCUUCUCCCCUCCUGGCCUCUCCUCCCGCAUCACCCCGUGCCAACCCGGUUCCCUUCCCCCGCCCCGUCAUGGUGUCCCUUCCUUCGGGCGUGGUGCACCCCCCCCCCUUCCUCUGCCUGUCCUGCCGUGUCCUUCGCUCCCCUCCUCCCCUGGCCCCUUCUUUCGCUGCCCUGCUGACCCUUGCGUCUGCCCCCGCGCGCUCCUGAUUCCCGUCCGGCCCGAUCUUGCCCGCCCCCCGCCGCCUCAGCAUCUGUGCGCCAUAGUUCGCCCGCUCAGUGCAACUGGGGGGCUGCUCUUCCCGUCUGUCCCGUGUCCUCCGAAGGGAGGGCCGGAAGCAUCAGUGGCGCUACCACUGCUUGCGUGCGUUCGACUCUUUCGUUGCCUUGCUUGCAACCCUCGCCCACACAUCGCAUCCCUAGUCCCUGCAACUUCUGACAGGCCGUCGCUUGGGCCUCCCCUUCCGCUUCCCGCCACCUCGCUGCAUCUCCCUGUGCCGCCCCACCGCAUUCUCAGAGGCUUCACUCAUUGCAGCACCCGCCCGCCUCUUUUUCUGCUGAUGGCUCGUCCGGCCGUGCAGCUGAUCGUGUGGGCGCCCACCCGCGAGAAGGCCAUUCAGCGCAUGCAGCGCGCGCUGGGGGACACCGUCAUCGAGGGCGUGCCGACGACGAUCGACUACCACAAGCUGAUCCUGGACGUCAAGGACUUCAAGGCGGGCAAGGUCGACACCGCCUUCAUCCCCAAGCACGAGGACGAGCUCGCCACGCCGCCCCCUCCGCCGACCAAGAAGAAGACCAAGACAGCCGCCAAAAGGAAAGCCUAGAAGCUCCACUCAGAAGAAUUCGAUUAAGCUGGCAGCCAUGUCCGGUGCCCCCUUACGCGUUGGAUGAUUUUUUGGACAUGUUCCAUGCGGCAGUGCCGUCGUGAGUAGGACGGUCGGCCUUCUUGUACCGAGUUGGACCUGCUUGCAAUGCGCAUGCUCUGGCCCACCAUGCCGUUGUGCCCGGACGGCCUGCUCAGGGGAGGCUGCUCCUGCUCACUGGUCCUCACCCGGCCAACUCAAUGCAUCGCAGCAGCGAGUCAUACUUCGCGGCUGCCACUACAACUUACAAGGUGC